GGAAAUUCUUAUCAUGUCAACUUCACCCGUUAAUCCUGAGACUAGUCAGCGAUCACGGCCUCAGACUCCAGUCUCAUCACUGUGGGAGCCGGUGAUCAUUGGCAUAUACGGAGUGUCAGGAUGUGGAAAGUCGUAUUUACUCAAUCAGCUAAAACGAGAGCUCAGCCCAGAAACGUUUAAAUUCUACGAGGGCUCCGAGGUGAUCAAUUCUCUUGUUCCGGGAGGCCUUAGCGCUUUCAAGAAAUUUAAGGAGUCAGAAAAAGAGGCUUAUCGUCAGCUCUCUAUCAACUACAUUUCACAGAGCUGCUCCAGUACAGGACAUGCUGGAGUUGUUGCAGGUCACUUCAUGUUCUGGGAAGAAGGUGAAGAGACCGGACGCAUAGCGUGUACACAAAAUGAUUUGAAAGUGUACACACACAUUGUGUACUUGAAUAUCAACCCCCAAACUAUUUUCAGACGUCGAGUUGACGACACUGAGAGGGCUCGCCCAUUGGUUUCCGCCGAACACUUACACAAAUGGCAAGAAGCCGAGAAGAUUCAGCUGCGUCAACUCUGCUAUGAAAAUGGCAUCUUGUUUUUGUCAAUAUCCCCGGAAUCCUGGUUACUCUCCCGGGUCUCGACACUGAUACGAGACUUCCAGUUCCACACAACAAAUAUGAAUCUUUCCCGCGCCAAAGACAAGCUGGACAACAUCCUUGCGAAUGAUAGACGUCAACUACACACAAUGCUAGUACUGGACGCCGAUAGAACAUUGGUUGCAGAGGAUACUGGAAAGCUGUUUUGGGAAAUAGCUUCGAGACGUAACCCAGAGGUCGCAAAUGAUCCACUGAAAACAAUAUUCAGCAGCAAAUUGGGGUAUUCCUAUUCCGCUUUUCGGCAGGCCGUCCUUCUAUACGAAGAGAGCUUUGGUCAUAAUACGUUUGACCAUAUCUGCGAGGGGGUGGCGGAAUUAGUAACUCUACAGCCGGAAUUUAUAUCAGUUUUGCAGAGGGUAAAGGAAGAUGAUCACGUCGGCGCUAUAGUUGUUACCUGUGGUCUACAACGUAUAUGGGAUAAGAUCCUCCAAAGAGCAGGUCUAUCCGGAGCAGUGAAAGUUAUUGGCGGAGGGCGUAUUGCCGAUGGCUUCAUCAUUACUCCAGAGGUCAAGGCCUCCCUAGUCUCCCACCUCCAAUCAGCCUAUGGACUCCAUACUUGGGCCUUCGGGGACAGCCCGCUGGAUUUGGCGAUGCUUAAUCGAGCUGAUAAAGCUGUCGUUAUAGUUGGCGAAGAGAGGUCGAGAAGCAAGACUAUGGAUGCGGCUUUGUUAGAAGCCAUCGAUAAUGGCCUUCAAGCUCAUCAGGCUCUAUUGCCCGGAAAUGUCCCACCACGACUGGAUACCAUAAAGCUCCCCUUAGUAGAUUUUCACGACCCUGAGUUUAUCGAUUCCCUCUUCUCUGGUCCCUUGAACAAUAACAGCCGUGAGCUCCAUCUGAUACACGCCACGGAGAAGCGGUCCGUCAAAUUAUUAAUGACACCUAUGCGCGAUGCAGUGGUUGCUGGUUACAACCUCAGAGAGGCUCACCAAAACGCCGGGUGGUACUUGGCAAUUGAAUUCUUAUCGGAGCUUGUUGGCGUCGAAGAAUAUCCCACAGAGCACGUCCAGGGCAAUAAAACAAGCGGCCACCGACUUAGCCAUGAGGAGAACACCCUAAUCGUCCCGUUGAUGCGUGGCGGCGAACCUAUGGCUUUCGGUGUUAGUCGGGCCAUCCCCCUCGCCCGAUUCGUUCACGCAAAGGACCCGGAAGAUAUCAAGGUUGAGCAUCUUCACAAGAUCUGCAACGUAGUUUUAGUUGACUCAGUCAUCAAUAACGGUGGCACGAUAGUGGGAUUUGCACGGCAUGUUCGAAAGCUAAGCGGCGGAGUCCGUGUUGUGGUGAUGGCCGGGGUUGUUCAGAAGAAGUCGAUCUCUCCGGGUGGUCAAGUAUCGGAGUAUGCUCGCGAAGCAGGACUGGAACUUAUAGCCCUGCGCGUUUCGGAUAAUAAGUACACUGGAAGCGGUGGUACUGAUACGGGUAAUCGCCUCUUCAACACGACACAUAUUUUGAGAUAG